GGUCUCUCUCUCUCUCUCCUAGUCAUUCUUCUCCGAUCGCUGCCGUCCCCGUCUCUCCCUCUCUCCGACCAAAUCCGCCCGCCGCCGGCGAGCACUAGCGUGGCUAGCACACGGCGGAGCAGGAGCGAAGCCGGCCCAACACGACCAUGGCGCCGCCCCCGAGCACCAGCGCCCCCGACGGCGGCCUGGAUCCCAGGGACGUGUGCGUCGUCGGCGUCGCCCGCACGCCCAUCGGCGCGCUGCUCGGCUCCCUCUCCUCCCUCCCGGCCACCAGGCUCGGCUCCGUCGCCAUCCAGGGCGCUCUUCGGCGAGCCAGCGUCGACCCGGCGCUGGUGCAGGAGGUGUUCAUGGGCAACGUCCUCAGCGCCAACCUCGGCCAGGCCCCCGCCAGGCAGGCCGCCCUCGGCGCCGGCCUGCCCAACACCGUCCCCUGCACCACCAUCAACAAAGUCUGCUCCUCGGGGAUGAAGGCUGUCAUGCUCGCGGCGCAGUCGAUUCAGCUGGGGAUCAACGACGUCGUGGUCGCCGGCGGCAUGGAGAGCAUGUCCAAUGCCCCCAAAUACGCUGCAACGGCAAGGCGAGGGUCGCGGUUUGGGCAUGAUGUCCUCAUCGACGGGAUGCUCAAGGACGGGUUGUGGGAUGUGUAUAAUGAUUUCCAUAUGGGGAUGUGCGCUGAGCUGUGUGCUGAUCAGCACUCCAUUACAAGGGAGGAGCAGGAUGCUUAUGCCGUCCAGAGCAAUGAGCAUGGAAUAGCAGCUCGAGACAGCGGCGCGUUUGAUUGGGAAAUUGUUCCGGUUGAAAUUCCUUCUGGUAGAGGCAGACCACCAGUUGUAGUUGACAAGGAUGAGAGUCUUGCAAAGUACGAUCCAGUGAAGCUGAAGAAACUUGGACCGGCUUUUAAGAAGAAUGGCGCUGUAACUGCCGGCAAUUCUUCUAGUAUAAGCGAUGGUGCUGCUGCAAUUGUGCUGGUCAGUGGGGAGAAAGCCAAGAACCUUGGCCUUCAAGUUCUUGCGAGGAUCAGAGGGUACGCUGAUGCUGCUCAGGCACCUGAGCUAUUUACAACAACUCCAGCUCUUGCUAUCCCAAAGGCUAUAUCAAAUGCAGGUCUCCGAGAUUCACAAAUAGAUUAUUAUGAGAUAAAUGAGGCUUUUUCGGUUGUUGCAGUGGCAAACCAGAGACUUCUUGGCAUCUCUCCUGGAAAACUGAAUUUAAGUGGUGGCGCUGUUUCCCUGGGCCAUCCUAUUGGUUGCAGUGGUGCACGAAUCAUAGUCACCUUGCUCGGGAUUCUUAGACAGAAACAGGGCAAGUUUGGGGUUGCCGGGGUGUGCAACGGCGGGGGUGGUGCUUCAGCCAUCGUCGUAGAGUCCAUGCAAUCUUCGUCGCGCCUACGUUCCUCGCUGUGAUGUGAAGUUUACCAUGAGCGUACUGGCAAGGGCUGCGGUGUAAAGGUUGUUGUAUGCUGACUGUAUCUUGUGUGAGCUGUAGUGGGGAGGGCAGGACUGAUCCAUGGUGUGUGUAUCAAGUCGAACGAACAUGAUGCAUCGCUCAGCAACUAGAUGUAGUAAGAUAAGAUGAUGUGCAGCAGAGGAGAUGAAAAUAAUUGGGUUUGCAGCCCGAGCCCGUAAAUGUUGUGAAGCAAAUAACUGUGUAACUGGGAGUUCCUUACUGGAGCUUUGUACUGGUAGAUCACAUGGAUGGCUUUUGGUUCCCAUGGGAUUAUAACCAAGCGCUUUGUAUAGUA